AUGGCGACGUCGCAAACGGCAAAAGCGGUAGUAGUUCCGAAGAGAAGCAUCAGAAAGGAGGCGAUUGUGGCGGUGGCCGCCAUCGGAAUCGCACUCAUAGUCUGGAACUGGCGCGACAAAAUCGUAAGAUUCCUUUCUUUUAAAUUCCAGAAACAUUUCUAGGCCGGAUUCUGGAGUUAUCUGGGAUUCUCGAGUUGCUCUUCGGUGUGCUCGGCGGAAAAAGACAAAGAGCCGGUGAGGACUUCUUCGGAGAAGCCUGAGUCGACGGCGGAACCAGUGGCUCAGCCCGCCGAGCAGGUUGGCAACGUUGCUCCGGAAGCGGUCGCGGAGAACGGAAAAACUGUACGUUUUCCUUUUGACUUUGUGGCCAAAACAUAAGAAACAAUGAAUUUCAGCCGGUUCAAUCGGUCUACAUGGGCCUUCCGAACGCGGAUCCGUCGACGGUCUCGAAGAGUCUCCCGCCGUCCGUUUGGCCGGGAGCCACCAAGCCGUGA